GGGCGCACGGUGGCAGCCAGCUCCGGCAGGCUGAUUGUUACCGCACAAGAGCCAGCUCCGGGCGUCGGCCGCCACCGUGCCCGCGCCCCAGCAGCCUCUAGCUCCCGCCCGCGCUCGCGGAGGCCACUACUUCCAGGAAGCCCCCGGGACUGCGCCCUUCCGCACGCGCUGCGGGUCUGAGGCUAUGGCCGGCCGACGAUAAACUCAUCUCGUAAGUGUUGCUGUAGGCUGCGGUCCCGCGACGCCCCGGAGCGAUCCCGAGCAAGAGGGAAGGCCUGCCCCUAUCCUCCCCCAUGGGAGAUGACAGUCUGUCUGCUAUUACCUUUGAUUCUGACGUUGAGUCGAAAACAAAGAGAAAAAGUUUCCACAAACCUCCUUCCACAUCACCAAAGUCGCCUUACUACUCCAAGCCCAGAAAAGUGACCUCCUGUCGAUCUCUGAAGACAGCAGGGAGCAUGCCUCUGAGUAGCAGAAUGUCCUUGACCCCACAGAAGCUGUGGCUGGGAACCUCGAAACAGGGAAGUGUGACCCAACCCCCGAGCUCCACACUUACCUCGGAGUACGCGUGGACCCACCCCCCCAGCUGCACUCCCGACUACCUGACAGAAGCCGUGAGAGCGAAGAGGGCAGACCUCAGGCGUUCCGGCAGCCAUGGUCACGUCUCUGGGACUUCUGUCUACAGAGAGAAAGAGGACAUGUACGAUGAGAUCAUCGAGUUGAAGAAGUCCUUACAUAUGCAGAAAAGUGAUGUGGAUCUGAUGAGGACAAAGCUUCGGCGCUUGGAAGAGGAGAACAGCAGAAAGGAUCGGCAGAUAGAACAGCUUCUGGACCCAGGUCGAGGCCCAGACUUCGUGCGAACCUUGGCAGAGAAGAAGCCUGACACGGGCUGGGUCAUCACUGGGCUCAAGCAAAGGAUCUUCAGGCUGGAGCAGCAGUGCAAGGAGAAGGACAACACUAUCAACAAACUACAGACAGACAUGAAGACCACCAACCUGGAAGAGAUGCGCAUUGCCAUGGAAACAUACUACGAAGAGAUCCAUCGUCUGCAGACCCUCCUGGCGAGUUCUGAAGCCACAGGAAAGAAGCCCAUUGUGGAGAAGAAGCUGGGUGUGAAGAGGCAGAAGAAGAUGAGCAGUGCCCUGCUGAACCUAACCCGGAGUGUGCAGGAGCUGACGGAGGAGAACCAGAGCCUGAAGGAGGAUCUGGACCGCAUGCUGAGCAACUCCCCGACCAUCUCCAAGAUCAAGGGUUACGUAGACUGGAGCAAACCCCGGCUGCUGAGACGCAUCGCGGAGCUAGAAAAGAAAGUGAGUUCCUCAGAAAGCCCAAAGCAGUCUACUUCAGAGCUGGUCAAGCCGAAUCCCCUGGUCCGCUCCUCGUCCAACAUCUCAGUGCAAAAUCAGCCGAAAGAGGACCAGUCCCAAGAGGACCAGCCCAAAGCAGAUGCGGCUGAGGACCGCGAGCAUCUCCAAGGAACCGUGAAGAGCCUGAAAGAGGAGCUGAGCGCACUGCAGGAGCAGCUGCUGGAGAAAGACCUGGAGAUGAAGCAGCUGUUACAGUCCAAGACGGACCUGGAGAAGGAGCUGGAGACAGCCAGGGAAAGCAAGAAGGAGAGAGAGGAGCAGGAGCAGGCUUUGAGGGAGGAAAUUGAAGCACUCACCAAAAAGUGUCAAGAACUGGAAGAAGCUAAGAGACAAGAGAAAAGCUCCUUCAUAGCCAUGACUCACGAGGCUCACCCAGAGCGCCAUGCCCCCUCACCCUGCAGCAAGCACUCGGAGGCAGACUCCGACAACAGUGCUGGUGAGGAGGGUGGCUCCCAACCCCCUGCCCCGUGCUCCGAAGAGAGGAGAGAGGCUGCCAUCAGGACCCUGCAGGCCCAGUGGAAGGCUCACAGACGCAAGAAAAGAAAAGCAGCUUUGGAGGAGGUAAGCCAGGCAGCGACCGUGCUCCAGGCGGCCUUCAGGGGACACCUAGCUCGUUCGAAGCUUGUGCGCAGCAGAGCCCCAGACCCCAGGCCCCCCAGCCUGCCGCGCCUUCCCAGCCCCCUUAACCAGAGCUCUCCUACACCCCGUGUCCCAAGCCCCAUCUCCCCGGCUGAAGACAACCCAGCCCAAGAGGAGGCCGUCAUUGCCAUCCAGUCCAUCCUCCGUGGGUACCUGGCCCAGGCCAGGUUCAUUGCCAACUGCUGCCGAGAGAUUGCCGUGUCCUCGAAGAGGGAAGCAGUUUCAGUGACACCCUCAGAAUCCGCCUCCCCACCCUCCCUCGCAGCUUCUCCCGAAUGCGGCCCAUCAGGAAAGGACAGCGAGGCGAGCGGUGGGGAGGCUGCUGAGGACGAAGAUGAGGCAGAGGAGCCGCCAGACCUGCAGCCCUACUCAGGAGCAAUGAGCGGGGGGCUCUAUGCCUCGGAGGAGCUGAAGGAGACCGCUGCGUUGGAACCUGCCCCCUCCAUCCCCGACUCCACCCAAGGUGGCUACGGGGACUGCCCAUCCUCAUCCAGUCUGGAGGCUGUGCCCAGUGUGAAGGAUGUGAUGUGUGAGGAAAGGAGCAGCAGCACUGGAAGUGCAGGGCCAUCCCUGGCUGAGCCCUCUCCCCCGGGACUGCAGCCCUUGUCGCCACCACCUGUGGAGGACAUCUGCUCGGAUGACUCAGAUGACAUUAUCUUUUCGCCAUUUCUGCCCAGGAAGAAAAGCCCCUCCCCAUUCUAGGACCCCAGCCGUUGCCUCCAGGUGAGGUGGCUGGGGCGCAAGUUAGAGGACUCUGAAUUUGAGAAGAUUACUAUCUUGCUAGGGAAGAGCCCUGCCUCGCUGGGGGACACCUUAGCCAUCCAUUUUCUUACUUGUCGUGCCUGUGCCUUUGAGGGAUGCUGGUGGCUCUGUGCUCUCUGGGGAUGGAGGGAUGGAGGGAGGGACAGUGGACACCUCCCACUUCCAUUUCCAGCUUCAGCCCUCGUGUUUCCAGUGCCCGCAGUAAUGCCCACCCCGAGCCAGGGCAGCAGCGAGUCCUGCAAAGACGAGAACUCUUGCAAAGUCUACUACUUGCCCUUAACCUUGGCACUGCCGGCUGCCACGUUGGCCUAGCCUUCCUGGUCCGCUGCUGCCCAGGGCCUUGGCAGGUGCUACAGCUAAGUCUCCUGUGCGUGCAGCGGGAUGCAGUCAUAGGAGAGCCAGCAAGAAGCUAUGGUCAUCAGGGUCCCCGACUGAGUCCCUGUCCCAAGGGCUCCUUGUUCCUCCUGUUCUUAUCCCCUAACACCCCCACCAUCCCCAACACCCCCACCAUCCCCAACACCCCCGCCCCAGGAGGAUGAACUCUGGGAAGAGUACCAGGCAGCAUCAACACAGAGCGAGUGGCAUAACUGUAAUUAUGAGGCAGCCCGAGGAUGGCUCAGGUCACCCAGACACAAGGGAGAGAGAGAAAGAGAGAGAGAGAGAGCGAGAGAGCGAGAGCAGGGCCAGGAGGCAGCCCAUUGUCCCAGAGGAGAUACAUCUCAGGAAGGACAAAUUCUAGUACAGCCCUGCCUGUCACUGGGUGUACAGAGGUACCUGCAGGCCACCAGUGCCGUCUGGCCCUCUCAGCAUCCGGCAGCCUGAGGUGUUGGUCUCUUGUCUGUGAAAUUAUCUCCUGGCAGUGGGUGAGAAUGAGGGACUAUGGGCCUGGACAGGGGUUUUCAGCGUAUCUGGGCUCCUUGUGGCAUAGGCCUGCUGCCCAAGGGCCUCUCCAGAGUGCUUGUUGGACUGGCUGCUGGUGGUCUCCAUAGCAGGCCCAGGCAUGCAGGUCACUGGAGAUGGGACUUCCUGGUCCCAUAGGACUGAGAUUCGUCUCAGGGAAAAUCUUAAUGUUCCUUCUUGGACUAGGCCAGUGCGGACACCCAAGAGGUUUGCUGUGGGGGGGCCAUUUAAUUCCUGGUAUCCUUCUCCACAAAACGCCUACCUGAAAGGCACACAGCAGGUUAGGUAUGGGACACUCAGGAAGUGAGCUGGGCUUGGGGUCAGAGACUAGGAAGAGGGGGCCAGCCUGGUCUACCUGCUCCAGGAAGGUGUAAGUGUCCCUAAUACUCUGAUGGGACCAGGCACGGCUGUCUACCCAUUUUUCUCCACCAGGGGGCAAAAAAACCAACUCAGCCAGGCCCCGGCCAUUGCCUUUGGCCUGUAGGUUGCCUGCCAAGUUACUCAGUGACCUGAUGGUAGCUUCACUUACACGGCAGCGGCAGCGACUGGAGCCCUUUGUAGAUCUGCUUCCUUGUCAGAACUUGGCUGUGCUCCCUGUUUGAUGCCACCGCUUGAAGCUUCAGAGCCCCCACCCACUAAGGCACAAGACAAGUGGGCCUUGUGUGCUUGAACCUUCCCCGCCAGGGUCCAGGGGCUCCACACACCGCUGCUCUGUCCCCUUCCCUUAUUUUACGUCACCCAUUUGUGCUUUGAGUGCUCCGAGUGAGCGAGCGGUCACCAGUUCGGGCUGGGGUGUCUUCACCUUCACCCGAGGGGGUGCUCCACUUCAGCAGAAGGGCCCGUGCAAGAUGACACCCCAGCUGCAGGGCAGGGUGUGGAUCUUAGGGCCAGCCUGCAUACGCAGCCUGGCCAGGGGGCAGUGAGUCUGAGCGGCCCCUGCACUUGGGUUUUCUAAGAACAUGCCUCUGAAAACCAGGAAAGCUGUGGCCCUCCUGUCCUUUGGUGUAGCAGCUCGUCUAUUAAAGGCAAAGCUGUCUUGAAGCUGCCCCAGUAAAUGAGGUUGCCUGAAGCCUCUGCCUUUGACAAG